CUCUCUCUCUCUCUCUAUAUCUAAAGCACGAUUUGAUUCUCUCUCCCACUCUCUCCGUGGUGUGUGUUCCGUAAGGCAGAAAAGAUGGAAGAGUAUUUAGAGUACAUGAAGACAUUGCGAUCUCAAAUGAACGGUUACCUCUCUCUUUCUCUCUGUCGUAAAAUGACGAUGAUUGGGGUUUGAGCGUUUGUUGUCCGGCUUUGGAGUUUUUUUUCCCAGUUAAUGAAUGAUAAUACGGCUGAUUCAAUUAAAUUCAUCUUAGCAAAAACAAAAAAAAUUAAACUCAUUUGGUUGAUUAAUUUGUGUAUAUGUAAAAGCGUGCACUUCUAUCGGUUUGUUUAUAUGUGAAAGAUGCAUAUACAAAUGAAUUAUCAGAUGUGGAGGAUCAAGCAGCGAAGAUCUCAGUUGAAGAGCAAAUGCAGAUUACUAUCAUUCAGAAUAUCGAGAAAGACCUCCAAUUAGCAAAAUCUGAAGCAAAACAACUAAUAGAGGAUAUUGAUCAGAGGAUUAAGGAAAAGGGGCAGAUCUGUACCCAGAUUCUGGGAAAUCAGGGAAAAAUUUCUACUUUGGAAUCUGAUUCAUCCACACUUUGCCAGAAAAAGAACGUGUCUCAUAUGGCAUUUGAAUUCUGCAACAAGAUUAUUACCAUCUUUUACAAUCUUAUACUACAUCUUAAGGCUAGAACGGAAUUUCGUACUAUCAUAUGCAUUGCAACUUUGACAUUGGAGCUUAUUCAACAAGAAAGAGUCAACUUGUCAACCAAACUGUCAGAGAAAAGUGCCUACUAUGCCAAGUUAGCUGAUGAUCUUAAUACUAAAUUACAGAAACAGCAGGACUUUAAAAGUUCCACACUAUUUGAAUACUCUUUUAGCCCUGUCCGAGAGUGGCUGUGGCCGACACUUGUAUGGCAGGACUUCAACGGUCAAGGACACAACCGGCGAGAAAAUUGGCGAUUCUCAGGGAACUGUGGCUCCGAGAACUGUCUCAAUGCAGACAAUCUGGAUAACGAUGAAAAGGAAGUAAUGAAAAAUUUGGAUGCUGCUCAUGCUAAAUUUGACUUGGUGACACAACUGAAAUCCAAACUUGUUUCGGAUAAUAGCAAGGCAAAGCAAUCCAUUGAGCUAGUGAGGCGUAGGAUAAAUGGUUUUAAGUCACAACUUAAGGAAAUGGAUAGGAGGACCCUGGAAGAAGAGCUUACAGCCCUUUUGUCAGACAAAGCUGGAGAAUCAGAGUAUUUGCAGUCUCUGCAUCAGCAAAUUGACAAACUGAAGGGAAUUUCCCAUAUCCUUAAAUGUGCAUGUGGUAAGGAAUACGAGGUAGAAGUUGAUCUUGGUUCAAAAUAG